CACAGGCUGCUGGGGUGGGGGGUGUCUGUCUGCUAACAGGCCAGAGACUAGGGCCCAGGAGAGCAGCAGCAGCAGAAAAGGGAAGGGACCUUGUUGACUCACUCUCUGGGCAGCUGAGUGCUUAGUGACAAACAGUAAACAAAGGCGGCAGCAACACGACUGUGGUCUCUCAGCAGACGGACUGGCAAGAGAUCCUUGCUCAUUGUUGGAAAGUUGUUCCAUGGUGAAGGCCUAGACUGGGCCACCGAGACUUCUGGAUGCAGCCUUUGACAAAGGACACAGGCAUGAGCCUGGCUUCUGUGACACUGGCCAGUGUCCUGCAGGUCAGGGGCGAAGCUCUGUCUGAGGAAGAACUCUGGUCCCUCUUGUCACUGGCUGCUGAGCGGCUCCUGGAAGACCUUCACAAUGAUUCCUCGGAUUAUGUGGUCUGCCCCUGGUCAGCCCUGCUUUCUGCAACUGGAAGUCUUUCAUUCCAAGACCAUGUUUCUCACAUAGAAGCUGCUCCUUUCAAGGCCCCUGAAUUGCUACAGGGGCAAGGUGAGGAUGAGCUGCUUGAUGUGUCACAGAUGCAUGUCUAUUCUUUAGGAAUGACUCUCUACUGGACAGCAGGGUUUCAUGUCCCACCAAACCAGCCCUUACAGCUCCAUGAGCCCUUGCACUCCAUCCUUCUGACCAUGUGUGAAGACCAGCCCAGCAGGCGGCGGCCACUACAGUCAAUUCUGGAAGCUUGUCGAGUCCAUCAGGAAGAAGUGGCUGUGUACCCAGCUCCUGCCCAACUUCACAUCAGACGACUGGUGGGCCUGGUUCUGGGAACCAUCUCUGAGAUGGAGAGAAGAGUUGUGGAAGAAAGCACCUGCAUGCAGCAGAGCCGAAGUUACCUGCUCAGGAAGAGGCUGCAAGGGACAAGCAGCGAGAGCCCAGUGGCACCGGCCCUGGAGUGUCUGAAUCUUCUCAGAGUUUCAGACAGAAGUACAGAGACCCAGAGCUCCCUGGAGCCACGCUGGAGUACUUCGGCACACAGUCGCUGCAGCCUCUUUGUUAACAGCACUCUUGCAGGUACAUUUCCCCAUGACCAGCAGGAGGGCCAGCGGCUCUGCCCUGGGUCUGUGCUCUUGGCAGAAGCAGGAAGUUCACAGCUGCCAGCUCCUUCUCAAAGGAAUUUCCUUCAAAGAAAGAAAAAGUUUUCCAGGCCGGAGUUCCUACUACUGGCUGGAGAGGCCCCAGUGACCCUACAUCUACCUGGAUCAGUUGUGACCAAAAAAGGAAAAUCCUACUUGACUCUCAGGGACCUCUGUGUGGUCUUGCUGAGCGGGCAGUGUCUGGAGGUGAAAUGUGAUAUCGAGUCCACAGUGGGAGCUGUCUUCAAUGCUGUCAUGUCCUUCAUCAAUCUUGGAGAGAUCACCUACUUUGGCUUGGCUUACCUGAAAGGCAAAGAGUUCUUUUUCCUGAACAAUGAAACAAGAUUGUGCAAAAUAGCCCCCGAAGGCUGGAGAGAGCAGCUCAUGAAGACCUCCACGGACACCUUCACACUCUUUCUGAGGAUAAAGUUCUUUGUCAGCCACUGUGGGCUGCUACAGGACAGCCUGACAAGGCAUCAGUUUUACCUGCAGCUUCGUAAAGACAUCCUUGAGGAGAGGCUGCACUGCAACGAUGAGACACUGCUACAGCUGGGGGUCCUCGCCUUGCAGGCUGAGUUUGGCAAUUACCCUAAGGAGCAGACAGAAAGUAAGGCAUAUUUUCGAGUUGAAGAUUACAUCCCAGCAAGCCUGAUAGAGAGAAUGACUGCUCUCCAGGUCCAAGUCGAAGUCUCAGAGAUGCACCGGCUCUGUUCUGCACCAUGGGGAGAGGAUGCUGAACUGGAGUUCUUGAGGAUCAUUCAGCAGCUCCCAGAAUAUGGAGUGUUGGUUCACCAGAUUUUCCCAGAGAAAAAAAGGCCAGAAGAGGAGCUGGCUUUGGGCAUCUGUGCUAAAGGUGUCAUAGUAUAUGAAGUGAAAAACAACAGCAGAAUUGCAACUUUGCGGUUUUGGUGGAGAGAAACUGGGAAGAUCUCGACUUAUCGGAAAAAAUUCACCAUCACCAGCAGUGUCACUGGGAAAAAGCACACAUUUGUCACUGAUUCAGCCAAGACAUGUAAAUAUUUACUGGGCCUCUGUUCUGCCCAGCAUGGGUUUAAUGCGCAGAUGGGCUCUGGGCAGAUUCUCCAUAUUUCAGCUGAUCGGGAUAAGUUUGUGCAAAUGGCAAAUUCAAGCCCUGCACAGCAGGCCCAGUCCAAGCCUCUUACAUGGAUUCAGAGAUUGUCAUGCUCAGAAAAUCAGUUGUUCCUACCGAGGUUGCAGGACACCAUAGGCGGCCUGCUGAGUGCGUCACUGGAGAACUUCAACUUGGAAACCAAUAAGGAGACUGGCCCAGAAGGAAUCAGAGACAGCCCCUGCCCUGGCCAGGAGCAGCUGAACAGCACCUGUUUGAUCCAAAAGCCAAUGACCCGUGGCCCACUUUCUGGGCUGCCUUUUCAGACUGUGAACACAGGGUUCCAGAAUAAUAGAAGAAAGAGUGGCAGUGCUGAACCUGGUCGAGAAAUCGUGCAUGUGACCCUGAAGCGUGAUCGCCAUCGUGGUUUUGGUUUUGUCAUUAAUGAGGGUGAAGACAGAGGCCAAUCUAACCCUGGCAUUUUUAUAUCUUCUAUUAUUCCUGGAGGACCAGCAGAAAAAGCAAAAACAAUUAAACCAGGAGGGCAGAUAUUAGCCUUGAAUCACAUUAGCCUGGAGGGCUUCACAUUUAACAUGGCUGUUAGAAUGAUUCAGAAUUCUCCUGACAACAUAGAAUUAGUCAUUUCUCAAUCAAAAGGUGUCUGUGGAAAUAACCCCUGUGAAGGGGUCUUCUCUACCAACAUCCUGAGCAACCAGGGAAACCAGGGAAGUCUAUCAUCACGUACACAGGACCAAGACAGAACUAUUGGAGAGCUGAAAGUGGCUCAGCUACAGAGCUCAAUGCCUCAGCUUUCCUCUCUGCCAUUAAAGGGCUCUUCUUGUCCUCCAUCACCUUCAGAAACCAAUACUGAUAGAAUCUACUUUGUGGAGCUGGUUAAAGAAGAUGGAACACUUGGAUUCAGCGUGACUGGUGGUAUUAACACAAGUGUGCUCUAUGGAGGAAUCUACGUGAAAUCCAUUAUUCCUGGAGGUCCAGCUGCCAAGGAAGGACAGAUCCUUCAGGGUGACCGACUCCUGCAGGUGGAUGGAGUAAGCCUGUGUGGCCUCACCCACAAGCAGGCUGUACAAUACCUCAAGGGUCCUGGGCAGGUUGUAAGACUGGUGUUAGAGAGAAGAGGCCCCAGGACUGCGCAGCAGUGUCCUUCUGCUAAUGACAGGAUGGGAGAUGAACAUGCGGCUGUUUCCUUGGUAACAGCCCUGCCUGGCAGGCCUGUGAGCUGUGUCUCGGUGACAGAUGGUCUUAAGUUUGAAGUCAAACUGAAAAAGAAUAUCAAUGGUUUGGGAUUCAGUUUUGUGCAGAUGGAGAGAGAAAACUGCAGCCACCUCAAGAAUGAUCUCGUGAGGAUCAAGCGGCUCUUUCCAGGGCAACCAGCUGAGGAACAUGGGGCCAUCGCAGUUGGUGACAUUAUCUUGGCAGUCAAUGGAAGGCCCACAGAAGGCCUUCUCUUCCAGGAGGUGCUCCAUUUACUGCGAGGGGCACCACAGGAAGUCACACUCCUCCUUUGCCGACCCCCUCCAGGUGUGCUGCCUGAGAUGGAGCAGGGAUGGCAGAUAUCUGCACUCUCAGCAGACAAAGAACUCACCAGGGCAACAUGUACUGACUCAGAACACAGCCCCAGCCUGGACCAAGAGGACAGAUGGAGGGACAGUGCCUCCCUGGAUGCAGGGGAAGACCUGAAUCUCAGGCCAGAGUCUUUUUACAAGGCCACCAGUGAGGCACAAGGAGGCCAAGACAGAGAGAAACUAUGGGCUGGGUCCUUGACACGUCCUCUGGAGUCCCAUCCUCAUUUAUGUAAACUUCACCAAGAAAUGGAGCCACCAAUAUUGGCUACCUCAUUGGAAAAUGAUCUGAGGCAAAAUUGCUAUUCUGUGUGUGAUAUCAGGAGACUUGGAAGUCCUGAACUGGAUAGAGAUGAUGAGGAAUGUGACGUACAUUAUCCACCUGAAAGCCCUUCCCCCACCUCGGAGGAUGAAGAGUACCUGACGAUCAACUCUGUAUUCGAAGACGAGCUGCCCUGUGCAGACUGUCUGGAGGCAGAUUCAGGGACCAUUCCCUUGCCACAGUUCUGUUCUUGGGGCCCUCUCCCAGAGCCUUUGCUUCUGGAAGGGUCCCAUGAGAGUGACAGUGAAUGGGAAGACCUGGAAGAGCCUGUGGAUACAGAUGAUGGUAGCCUCAGUCCUUGUUCCAUGAAAGACCUACCAGACAGGGACUGCCAUCAUAUUCAUUUUACACAGGACAUUUGGGGCUUCUCCAAGGUCAAAUGGUGAAUAUAGAGAAUGAUACAGUCUCCUGAGACAGAAACUGAGGUCUGCGAGGACAUCCUUUGACAGAAGAGCCCACAGAUGAUGGUGGUCCACAAAACAUACCUACAGGCUCUGCCACCAGGGAAGAAGCCUGUGGUUCCUGGUCCCUGAGAGGACAACCUAGGGUGGAGCACCUGGCCCAGUUGUUAAGAGCUCACUUUAAAAACAUCAUGCCUAUCAUUUCCAAGACUCAUUUUGAACACUCUGGGAUUUACAUCAAUCAAAGCUUUGUAUGCAUGAGGAUGGGGUGGCUUCCUCUCAUGAAAGGAGUUGGGAAUAAACCAUUUUCAUCAAGAUUUCAGGGUGCAGUGGUGCACACCUGUAAUCAUAGUUACUGUGGGUGGGGAUGCUAAGGCAGAAGGAUCCCAAGUUCAAAGCCAACCUGGGCAGCUUAGUAAGACUCUAUCAAAAUAAAAGACUGGUUGUAGCUUAGCGGUAACGUGCUUGUUUAAUGUAUGUGAAGCCCUGCAACCCCCAGUAAUUAACUGAGGCUCAAUCCCCAGUAUUUGAAAAGAAAAAAAAAAGUAGGGUAGGGCAAAGUCUUUGCACUAGCACACACUUUCUAGGACAAAUACAAAGUUCUAGUUUGUAUUUUUUAGUUUCCUAUUGGUCAAAGGAGUUUCUGUUGUUAUCAAAGUACCACCAGUUUGCUGGAAGGAAUCUGCUAAGAAGCUUGAUUCAAAGGCCAUGGGGGAAAUGUGUUUUGAUAUCUAUCUGUAUCCUUCCUAUACAUCUUCAUAGUAAUACAUUCUCUUAAAAGGACUUUUUCUUUUGUACUUAAAUACAAUUCUAAUGAUUAUAUGGAAGAAAAAUAAGAUAGGAACAUCUAAUAAUAAAAAAAGAGUGAAGUACUAGAUCUAGCAUUGCUAGGUGUUAAAACAUUAACUGUAGAAUUAACAAAUGCACAAA